GAACCACUGAACCAACUUUGCCUGAGUUAUUGAAGUCAAAAUUUGUCUUCUAGUUGUCGGUUUCCUUGACUAAAUCAAGAAUCAGCCAUGCCAAUGGAGGAAAAAGAGUUGUCCCACAGUGGAGACCAUCGUCCUCCUCUCAUCCUAGUCAGAGGAGUUCCCCUGGAAAACUGGACCGCCAAAAACUUAGACUCCGUCAUGGCUUUCCGUCCCGAUCCCUCAGACAUCCUCAUAGCCACCUACCCCAAAGCAGGGACCACAUGGACCCAGGAGAUAGUCGACCUGCUUCUUCACAAGGGAGACGCUGAAGCCUGCGGACGAGCCCCCACACACAUCCGCAGUCCAUUUCUGGAGCGCCUUCCCCCACCCAGCCCGUCAGGUCUUGAUCAUCUGAGGAAUAUGGAUCCCCCGAGAUUUAUUAAAACACAUCUUCCUUUUCAAUUGCUGCCUUCUGGAUUUUGGGAAAACAACUGCAAGGUUAUCUACGUGGCACGAAAUGCCAAAGACAACAUGGUGAGCUACUACCACUUCGACCGUAUGAAUAUGUUCCAUCCUGAGCCGGGGCCAUGGGAGGAGUAUAUGACCAAGUUCAUGCAAGGACAGUUGGCAUGGGGCUCCUGGUACGACCAUGUGAAAGGCUACUGGAUGGAGAGAGAGAAGAAAAAUAUCCUCUACCUCUUCUAUGAGGACAUGAAAGAGAAUCCUCGGCGUGAAGUGGAGCGCAUCAUGAGGUACCUGGACUUGUCUGUCUCUGAUGAGGUCAUCAGUCGGAUUGUGGAGCUCACGUCCUUUAAGAGCAUGAAGGAGAACAAGAUGGCCAACUACUCCUGGAAGCCAGCAACUGUUUUUGAUCAGUCCAUCUCCCCCUUCAUGAGAAAAGGCGAAGUAGGUGAUUGGAGAAACCAUUUCACACCUGAGCAAUUACAAAUGUUUGAUGAUGAUUAUAAAAAGCAAAUGAAGGAUGUCAGCAUACCAUUCAGGACUCUCAUCUAACGAUUUCUCCAAACUGAUGCAGCUCUGCAAACCAAAGACCGACAAACGGCUACGUUGCAGCACUCAGAAUGGAGAAACA